AUGUCGAACCUCCCAGGGGCGUUCUCCAAGCGAGCAAUGGCAGGGCUGGGAGGUCUGGGCGGAGCGGCCGGGGAGGGUGGAGGGAGUUGGGGAGGAGGGGGUGGUGGAAUGGGGCUGUCUCCUGUACACGUGAACAUGGGCCUAUCGGGUCCGUCCUGGCAGCUGCUCUCCUUCCCUGAGGACAUGGCGACAGGCUCCCGCCCCUCCUCCUCCUCUCACACCCUCACCCCGCAGUCCGCCUCUCGCACUCCAUCUGCUCUGGCCCCUGGUGUGGCGGAUUUCCUGUGGGGAUCGGGCAGUUUCCGCGGUGUGCUAGACGGGCCGCCAGGGCUGUUUCACUGGGGCUCUGGUAGCAGUACCAGCAGAGGGGUGUGGAUGCCGGGGGGAGAGGGCGGAUCGGGUGGGGAGGAGGAGGGGGGAUGGGAGUGGCGGAGCGGAACGAGCGGGAGCGGCAGCGGGGGAUCGACAGGGUCGGGGUACCGAUUCGCAGUGCCGAUACAACGAGCCGUGGCGGAGACAGAUGACUACGAGGAGGGGCAGGUGUGCCCUCUGUCGCGCUCCAAUAGUGCGAAUCUUGAGUCGCUGCUGCAUGGGCUGGGCCACUCGGGGCAGUCGGGGCAGUCUGUGCCGUCGCCGUGGGAUAGUGGCGACAUGGAUGGCGUGGUGGAUGGGCCUGGAGAGGGUGCUGCUGCUGAGGAUGCUGGAGAUGAAGGGGCGGGUGAGAGUGAAGGAAUCGGGGAGGAGAGGAGGGAGGGGGAGAUUGAGGGGCCGUGUGGAGAAGGCGUGGCAGAGGAUGGGAGAGGAGUGGCAGGGAAGGUGGGUGGCGAGGGUGGGAGUGACGCGGAGGAUGAAGGGGCGGAGGGCGAGCAGGGAGGUGCAAGGAGACAGGACGUGCAGAUGGGUGGGGUUGAAAAACAAGGUGCUGUUGCUGUUGCUGGUGGAAACGAAGAUGCGCAGGAGGGUGUAGCGAGGGAGACUGGGCCCGGAGGAGGUGAAGUAGGAGUAGGAGGAGUUGGAGGAGGGGGUGAUACACCAGAAGAGGAACGUGCAGCAGCAAGCACAGGUCCGCGACCCGAUGUCGGGAGCCCAAACCAUCCAUCUGCCGAUCCUGGGGAAGGAGCAAGGUCAGGCGCAGGAGUCAGCAUCCCAUCAACCGCAUCACCCACACCCACCCAGCCCUCCCCUGUUCCAUCCCGCCAGGCCAUCCCCCAGCCUGCACCUCCUCCACCUAUGGCGCGCCCAGAGAGCCCGCCAUCGCACCAGCGCCCGCUGUCUCCUCUCAGGCACCACCAGCACCGCCUGCAGCCGUCGCUGCUGGGCCGCCGCCCUGCCUCCCCCCAUACCGCGCCCGCUGCAGUGGGCAUCGCCUCCCCUGCUGCCCCGCAGCCUCAGCUGCCCACCGCUCUGGCUGCUGCUUCUUCUUCUCCUUCCCCUGCGUCCUCUGCGGCUCCUUUGGACGAUUCUCCCGUGGUGGUGCCUCAACGCGGGGGGUUGGAUCGUGGUGGGUUUGCUACCACUGCCUCUGCCUCCUCGCCCUCCUCGCCGCACCUCGCCUCUCCUGCUUCGCCUGCUUCUCCUGCCUCCCCAGCCUCUCCAGCUGCUGCUGCCAGCAGCAGCACCCGUGGGCCUUCAGCUGCUUUUGCUCCAAGGGCAGUGGUGAACCCUUCAGCUUCACCCAUUCACUCCUGGAUUGCUGCUACCACUUCCGGGAGCAGUGUGAGGGGGUCUGGGGGCAUGGCAGGCAUAGUGGCGCGCACAAGAAUCGGCGGCAGCAGCAGGAGAAAUGCUGCUGCUGCUGCUGCUGCUGGUGCUGCUGGUGCUGGCGGUGCCGGGAGUGUGACAGGGACUGGAGGGGCUGUAUCGCCUUUCGGGUCCUCCCCAGCAACGGAAGGUGCCAGCGAUGCAGGCACCAUGGCAGACCACGAGGAUGCGGAUGUUCUGCUCACAGCACGGAGAAGUGUAGGGCUGACGUGCUGCGUCCGGCCUCAUCCUUCCUGGAUCCGCCCUCCUCCCCUCCCCCACGCUACCUGCGCCAAGAUUCUGUGCUGCGCUUCCCCAAGCCUGCGGUCAGGGCUCGUGCUGACAAUGUCGGCCACAGAGAGAGCCAAGUCGAGAGGGAAAGCUUGCCCGUCGAAUCCCUCCCCUUUUCCCUCGAGUCUGUCCCAAGCAGAUUCCACAGCCCCCCUAAUGAUCGUUGUUGGCUUGUCGUGGGUUCGCACAGACGCCAUAUCUGGCGGUCUUGGAAUCUCCAGUGGAUGUUCCGCAGCUACGCUGAUCCCGGUGACGUCACUCGGGGUGUCGUCCCCGCCACCCGCUCCGCUCGCGUCGUCGUCGCUCGACCGCCACAGGCGGCGGCAGCGGGCCGUGCUGGACUGGGGGAGCAGCGUCGCGGGAGCGGCGGCGAGCAGCAGCAUGUCGCGGCCGAUGGCGCUGGGGCUCGUGCUGCUCGUGCUCUUCCUCACGUCGCAGUCCGAAUGGCGCUCGUCGCGCUCCCACAUGGACGCCGCCGCGACCGCCGCGUCGAAGCAGAUGCGCGUGGAGAAGCACCGGGAUGGCGUGAAGGAGAAGAUUAUCAUGGAUCUCAUGGCGGAGAACAAGCGCCUGGAGGCGGAGAGGGAGCGGCUUCGGCGCGUGGUGGAGGAGAUGCAACGGCGCCUGCCGCUGGUUUCCUUCGAUCACGCUCUCGUCUCUCAGCGAUGGCUUCGCGUGGCUCGCUCCGUGCAUCCCGCCAUCGUCGCUCGAAGCAAUCGCCGCAUCUCGUCGCGACUGCUCGCGGCAGCCCUCCACUCAGCGCCGUCGCGCAAACACCCCUCCCCGUCUCCUGCGCGCUUCCCCAAUCUGCGUCAUCUUCAUGUGGGGCGCGGCGCACUCGACGCGAUCGACGCCGCGCUUCUCAACGCCAUCGCAUUCGGCUGCGGUUCCACUCUGACGCACCUCAGCAUCGUCGAGGACGCGAGCAAGCAGCAGCAGUCGCCUGCUACCCUGCCCGUUCCCACUCUGCCCGCGUCCAUCAGCAGCUUGCAGCAGCUGACGCGGCUGAGCAUGGCGCUGCCGCGCCAAGUCACCGAGUUACCACCCGAGCUGGGCACCCUGCGGUCGCUCAGGAGCCUGACGAUCGUCGCGCCGUCACUCACGGCGCUUCCCGGCACGUUCGCGGGGCUCACAUCGCUAGAAGAGCUGGAACUUGAGGAGUUGCCAGUGGAUCGUCUACCGAGCGGGCUAUGGCAGUUGAAAGCGCUGAGGAAGUUGGUCUUCAGGAUGAUGGAAGAGCUAGUUGAGCUGCCCGCUCCUCUUUCUCAGCUCUCAGCCCUCACUCACCUCCGGAUUCACUGCUGCGGCGAGUUCUGCCGCCUGCCCGAAAGUUUUGGGCAGCUGCAGCAAUUGAGGGUACUCCAGCUGUUUUCGGUGGGCCGGCUUAGUGUGCUUCCAGAAACUUUGGGCGAUCUGCCCGAACUGACCGACUUGGAGAUUCGUAACUGCCGUCUUUUAACCAUGCUGCCCAGUUCACUACCUUCCAUCGCCACCCUCCAGCGGCUCACCAUCCACGACUGUGGAGAAUUUUCCUCGCUGCCCGAGGACAUUGGGCAGCUUCUUAAUUUGGAGGAACUGGAUCUUGAGUCUCUUGAGAUAACCGCCAUUCCGAACAGCCUGGGGCGCCUCACCUCUCUGCAGAAGCUGUGGCUGUGGGACUGUUCAGGGGUUGUGCGCCUCCCACGGUCCGUAUCGUCCAUGCUCUCACUCGCCACGGUCUGUUUGAAUGGGUGCGCUUUGGGGGAACUACCAGCAGAUUUCGGUCUGCUUCAGAAUCUUCAUUCGCUGGAGCUGUCCCAUCUUCGGAAACUUCAUUCGCUGCCCAGAUCUUUCGGGCAGCUGAAAUCAUUGAAGGAAUUUAAAGUGAUAGGCUGCCCUGCACUCACUCUCCCUUCAAGUUCCACAUUCAACCUCUCGUUGCUUGAGGCUCUGCUAGUUCAAGGAGAUACACCAAUCGGAUCGUUCCCUUCCAGCUUCGGGCAGCUGCCAAACCUCCGCGAGCUCGACCUCAGCGCCGGCUGCGAAUUCGACUCCACCGGAUCCAACGCUGUGGCCAGCCUGCCCAAGCUGGAGGUGCUGAAUCUGAACAGAGGCGGCUCCAUCGGAAGAGGCCUACAGCCCGUGCCGGGCGACUUUGCUCAGCUGGCGCCCGGCCUUCGCAUUCUGGAGUUAGAGGGGCUCAGGCAGCUUGACUUCAUCCCUGCAUCGCUCACCCUUCUCACGCGCCUGCAGCGGCUGAGCAUUGCAGGCUGUGAGCAGCUGAGGGAGUUGCCAGAGGGCUUGGGCAAUCUGGUUAGUCUCACGGAGCUACAGUUGAGCUCCUGCCCCCGGCUCCACCUGUUCCCAUCGCUUCUCACCGCUCCAUCGUCUCUUGUACCGUUUCCCACCUCCUCAGCUUCCAUCACUGCUGUCCCCACCGACUCAGCUGCUCCUUCUCCUUCUCCCUCCGCAGUACCCGUUGCCACCACAGUAGAUACUUCUUCCCUUACCUCCGUCCUCGUUACCAACACUGUCCCUUCGCCUGAUUGCUCCUCCCACUCACACACCCCUCCCCCCCUCCCCUCCCUCCUCCGCCUGUCCAUCAGUGACUGCCCGUUGCUCACCGCCCUCCCCAGCGACCUCCAUCAGCUGACACGUGUCAACACGCUCCACCUUGAAAACUGCCUGAAUCUGAAACCCAUUCACCACACUGCAUCGCCCUUCGCCCCUACUGAUUCUUCCACCGCUUCACCUGCUGCAGACCCCAACCCAGCAGCACCAUCGCUGUCCUUGCCCGCGUCCCUCACCAGUCUCACCAUCUCACGAGCCUUUCACCCAGCCACGUGCUUUCCACCCUCCGUCCUCACCCUCUCACGCCUUCACACCCUCGCACUGACUCACCUGCCCGCACUCAAGCAGCUAACCGCCCCCAUGGAAGACUCUUUCAGCUGUCUCUUGAGCCUCCACACCUUGGUCCUCGACUCAUGCGACGCCUUGUCAUCCCUGCCUGCUUCCUUGCCCUCCCUGCCAAGUCUCUCAAGGCUUAUCAUCCAAAUGUGCCCGCGCCUCCCCCACUUGCCUGAGAAUCUCGGGCAGUUGAAAACUUUGGAGGAGCUGGCCGUGGUACAAUGUGAGGGAAUGACAGAAGUCCCCUCCUCCCUCACUCUGCUCACCUCUCUGAAACAGCUGAGCAUUGUCAACUGCCCCAGAGUAUCCUCCCUCCCAGAUCACCUCUCCUCCUUCUCCCGCCUCUCCUCCCUCCGUCUCAGCUGCCUGCCUUCUCUCCAACACCUCCCCUCCUCCCUCGCUCUCCUCCCCUCCCUCCGCCACCUUGACCUCCAAGGCUGUUCCAAUCUGAGCGCGCUACCGGAGGACUUGGGCAGGCAGGCUGCUCUAUGGACAGUGGAUUUGGGUCAGUGUGCGAGCUUAGAGCGUCUGCCGGUGGCCCUGUGCUCUGGCAACGUGGUAAGGAGUGGGCCGUGGGGCCCGGAUUGCAGAUAG